CAACUAGCGUGGCUGGAGAGACGACCAGGACUGCCUACUUGACUGACAACUGAACGGAUUGCCCUGCAAUCGAGACUGGAUGGACGUGAAAACGGAUGGCGCCGGGCGUCUGUUCGCCUGCCCCGUCCUACGAGCCUUUACGCCUCCCGACUUUGCCCCCUUCUUCUCUCUGCCUCUUGUUUCGUCCAGGGCGACGCGGGAAAAUGGAUUCUCAGUCGCUCCUUUCUCUGGCUCCGGAGAGGCGACUGGUGCUAAGCAGGCCAACCUGCGAGCCGCUCGGCAGCCAGAGCUGGAACCCACAGGUCAAGGGGGCGUGGGCGACAGGCGGCCGGGUUUUUUGCCACUGCAGCUCACGAGGAGAACGAGGGGCCGGCCGUCUUGGCUUCCUGAUUGGCGGUCGCUGGACAACCGAGGACCCGUCUGGUCGGACCUGGAUGAGUCGAACGUGGAGGUGGAGGGGCCGAUUCGAGGCAACGCGUGUAAGCCGCCGAAAAUCGUUGGCAGUUGAUGC